AUGCAGCCAGUUGUGCAAGAGGGUCACACUAACAUGCAGCUAAUGCAAAACCAAAACAGCAUAACUUCUGAAAACGUUUCAAGCCCCUAUCAUAACCAAGGAAAUUUAGACCCAAGGAUGAAUCACAUGAGUGGAGCAAGGGAUCAAAUGAGUGGAGGGGGAGGAAUAAGUGGAGCAGGAGUAAAAAACAACAUGAAUGUAUUGGGAGCUAACGUGGGGAGUGUAGGAGGCUUCACGAGUGGAGUAGAAGGGCACAUGAGUGGAGCAGGAAGAGAAUAUAUGAACGGUCCAGGCCACCACGUAGGGAGAAUAGGCGAACAAGGAAGCGGAGUGGGUGGCCAUAUGGCCGGAAUGGGCCCAAAUAUAGUUAAUAUGAUGAUGAGCGGGCACAAACCAAAUGCAAACGAAAAACCUGUAGAAGAAGGAGGCAUCCUAACGCAGCCAAUGAUUAUCGAUGCUCCUCAGUCACCUCAUGGUCAAAUAGGAGUUACUCCUAUACCUGCCCAAAUGGGUACUCAUCAAAGUAGUGACAGGCCACUUCAGGCAUUAAAUCAACAACAAUAUGAAAAUAACCAAGGAAAUUUCAAUAAGCCAAACCUAAACAGUUCAAACAUGUCGAAUGCAGGAAAACCUUUGCAACAAAUAACACCAAAUCACUGUGCCCAUGGACAGCACGCCCAUGGUAUCGCUAAGUUUAAUGAGAUGUUUCCUGGUGUAAUGACAGGUUUUGGCGGUGAUUUGAACUUUGACCCCAUGGCGCUAGCUGUACAAAUGAAUCCCGCUAAUCAACAGCGUACUGCUAUAGACACAAUCCAGAAACUUAUGUGUGAAGGCAUGUUAAACGUAUCUCAACAGCGAGCAGGAAGAAAUGCACCUAACCAACAAGUUGUAGUAGAAAAAGUCGGAGGCGAUACUUUACCAGAAAAUGAAGCUGAAAACGAGGCCGCGAAAAGACAAGUAGUUUCAGAUCACAUUGGUGACGUUGACAAUGUUGACAAAGUACAGAACAAUGGAAUGCGUGAACAAUCGAUUCCGAUAAGAAAUUCGAAAGCCAGGAACGGCUUGCAGGACAUUGUUUACACGUCUUAUCCUGCUUCAGCUGCUUGGUCAUUCCACGGGCACGCUCGACCAUCUUAUUCAGUGGGACCACGGAACAGAACGCGGUUU